ACAUAUUGCAAACAUGAAGUAUGCUUUUAUAUUUCACAACUUUAUAAAACUUACUUUGUAAAGAUAAACAUAGGUAUACCAAUCCCUUGAAUAUUUUGUCAAUUCUGAAGUCCGUAACAUGUUAAUCGUAAAAAUACGCAGUAUUAUAAUAACAUUUGAUCGCAAUAACAUACGAGUAUUUCAAUCGUUUAUCCAUAAAACUGUUUUCAUUUGAAAUUCUUCAGAUGAAGCUAUGCUUUAGUGACGUAAUGACAUCCCUUUGAGCGUAUGCAAACAAUAGGUGGAAAUAGAAUAAUAGCGUAUUCUUUGACAUCAUUGGAUGUGAAUGAAAACAUUGUUCUAAAUGUAUGUGGCCAGUUGUAUUUCCGAACCAGUCAGCAGACACACUGCGCGCGCGCUGAACCGAGACAAUACCGUUUGUCUUCAAAUAGUGUUUAAUAAAAGUGAAAGAAAACUUGUUUUUUAACAACAAAUAAUUACUUGCAAACAGUUUAAUUUGAUCCAAGUGUUCAACAGAAGAAUUCAAUAAGUGUUUGUUCUGGAUAUCAAUACAGGCUGAUCCUAACAUGAAGACUUACAAGGUAACAUUUACUUAAAACUAAUUAGAAAUCCUAAUCAUGACUUUAGUUUGGACUUAAUGAAGUAUACAUUUUCAGGUUUUAACAAUAAUCACAUUUUCAUUACUUACGGUAUGUGCAACGAAUAAGAAAAUGCUAAAGCCUAAACAGGAACGAGGUGAACCAAGAUUUAUUAGACACGAUAUUCCUAUGAACUUUAAACGAGGCCAUAAUUAUCCCAGUACUGUUAGUCCGAUAGAACCGGCAGAACUUGUAGCGAGCCCUUACCAGAAUCUGCAGUACGCACCUCUUCAUGGACGACUCAAUCAUAGAAAUAAAAAUGCAGCCGCGGAAUAUACAAAAGUUACGCCUACUCUGAGUGCCGCACCCUUGGGACCAACUGAACCAUUUCAAUCAAACGUCAGAAGUUCGUAUGCUAAGGCCCAUUUGGAGCCACGUAUUGUAUCAGGUCAACUUUCGGAUACAAUGAAAUGCUACAAUCCAGGAUAUAAUAUGGAUAUAUUUUCUUCUGUCAGCCGAAGUCCAGGCCACAAUGCUGUAUAUAGAGACUUGACAGGAAUAAUUCCGAGCGACAAAUUCAAGGAGGACUAUCUGAUACCCAAACCUUUCGGAUACCCAAAUGCUUAUCCUUUGACUACGACAAUGAUGCCUUUUGAUCUCCCUGAGACUGUGGCCAAGCCCUUCAGUAUACCCAGCCAGCAUUACGUUCUAAAUCCAAAUAUAUUGGAUACAGGGUCAGAAGUAGAAAAAAUAAAGCGUCAAUAUUCACCGUUCGCAAAGCUUCACAGAUUACACCUUAACAUUGCCAGAGUGUACAGUCCUGGACAAACACCUCCCAAGUCUCCAGCAUUUGCUGACACUUACUCACUUAACUUUGGCAGACUACCGGUCCAUUCACAAGCAUACAUCCCACCAGUUUUUCAAGCUUUACCAGUUCAGAAAACUUUGCUAUUUCCAAUCAAGAACAACCAAAAAAUCUUUCAUGUCCGAAUGGCAGAAAACAUUCCAUAGACAAGAUUGUAAAUAUGUAUUAUGUAUAAUACGAGUAUCUGUUACUUAUAUAUUAUGAGUUACUGUUAUUUAUAUAAUUAUAUCGAUCAUCAUUGCUGAUGAAAGCUGAGAUAUGUUUGGUGAUCAUUAGAAUUGCGGAAUCGAUAUUUUAAUUUAGCCUGCCAGGCCACAUUUCCAGCCUAAAAAAAUAGUCUAGUGUAUCGUACGAUUUAUUUAUUUGCAUUACAACGACAGACACUACAACAAAGUUGUGAUUUAAUAUUUUUAUACAUCGUUUGUACAAAGUUUAAUAAGUAGAUAUUUUUUUAAUAUUACUUUCUAUUUAAAGGAACUUUUGUAUUUCAUUUUACAUAUUUUUUGUGAUGACUAAUUAUAUCAGUUUAGAUUCGGCUUUAGAUUCGGUUUCUAUCAUCGACUGAUGACCGACGUCAUUUGAUGAUGCAAACCUGUAUUGUUGGCUGGAGUUUGAUUAUUAUCAACUAAUGUGAUUGAUGUUGAUACUUGUGAUGAACAAACAUCUAUUGGAAUCGUGCGCGCCAAAUGAACAGUGAAAUCUUGGGAAAUCUCGCAAACUGGUAAAACCUCACAACCUCACAUCAAUCUCUCCGUUGUAUUGCGAUUGGAGAUUGAAAUUUGAAAUAACUUAAUGCCAAAUCUCAAUCUCAGACAUCAAAUCGACAGAUAGAAUAUUGGGUACACUCGUAAUUCGAAUGAUGUCAGAUUCAACGUUGGCUUACCUACAGUUGCCGAUUUAUGUAUUUAGAUGUAGUGUAUGUUGAAAUCCCGGGUCGGGUCGAAAUCGCUUUGUGGGGUUUCUAAAACAUUCACAAAGAAGCCCGUAGUUGGAAGUUGGUGAUUGAUUCACCCGUGCAUCGGAGAGCACGUUAAUGUCGGUCCUGCGCCUGAUCUCUCUCCGAUCCCAUCGGGCUAUGAGAAUAAAGGAAUAGUGAGUGCACUUGUGUUUGCGCAAAUGCUCGUGCACUAUAAUUUGUCCUGCGCAGCUGGCUGAUCUCGUUAUAUGAGAACUGCCGCCGUGGUCGAAAUCGACCGUGGACGCCAUUAUUAUGUUGAAAUAUAAAAAUAAAAUCUUAGGCGCGUUCGGCUACGAUAGAUGUGCGUUCCCCAUUACUCCUUGUUUGUAAAUAGGGUAAUAAUAUUUCUAUUCUGCACAGAAAUGGGUAUGUAAAUAAUUAAAGUGGAUUGGGAGGGUGUAUAGUUUAUAAUUGAAAUAUGAAAAUAUUAUACAGAACACUAUUCUGAUGUCAGUUUAAUAUUUUCUGUUAGGCAGCGGAGUUUUCUAGUGAAUAUUUUAUGAACUUGGCUAGACAAUAAUAAUGUACUUAAUUACUUUUAGUAUAUAAGGUUUCAGAUAUUUUAAGAUAAUAAUUUAUGGGUUUGUAAAUAAGUCACCUGAAAUAGUUUUUUUAAGAAAUUUCCAAAUAUAUUUUUUAUGCACAUUGACUCAAAACACACGUACUAAGUUACUGUGUUUUCUGAUUCAUGCUUUAAUAAUUGAAUUGCGUUGUUGCUUUUUAAGGAUUGGGUUAAAGUUUUGUUAUGUUUUACGAGUACCAAAAUAAUAACCAACCAAAAAGAA